AUCUUUCUAAGGAAGGACAAAAAACAUCGACGUCUGCAACUUGAUUAGCUAGUUACUGAUGCGUGGGAAGAAAAAUACUGAUCCUAAUCUCGACAGUCAACUAGCAACAAUUCCAGAUUGCCAACGCCAUCGACAAUCCCUAUCCAAACCCACACUGCUCAGCACGAAAAAAGUAUCUGCAACUUUCUCGAGUGUUUUGUCUUCUUUAUUUGGAGUUUGUUCCUGUCGGGGUCCUGAGCCACCGGCCCCUGACGAAAGCUUCGAAAAGAUCAGAGUUAACAAACCCAUAUUUUGCUUAGUCAUAGUAACACUUUUCAUACAAUAUUAAUGCCUGAUACAAAUUACUCUGCUUCCUUAGCCGAAGUCCCCGAGGGUCCAAAGCGGUCAUGGCCCUUGGCUCUUUUCUUAACCGCAAUGCUUGCUGUAGUUGCAGCUAUAGUUGUCUACCACCUUGACUCGUUCGACGUGGCUACUAUGCCCCUCCACGAGCUGAGUCCGCCCCCCGAGCCGGCCUUGCUGCGUAAUGGUCGGUUGCUGCAAGGGGCGGAGUUAUUGGGGGUGGGGAAGUUUCAGGGACCGGAAGAUAUUGCCUAUGACUCCAGGUCGGAGAUCAUCUACACGGGCUCUGGAGAUGGAUGGAUCAAGCGAGUCUGGCUGAACGAGUCCGCCAGUGACACGGUGGUCAAGAACUGGGUCAGGACCGGUGGCAGACCCCUUGGAAUCGCUCUGGGACGCAACAAUGAAGUCAUCGUCGCCGAUGCUUAUAAGGGGCUGUUGAAUAUAAGUAAAGAUGGUGCGAUGGAACUGCUAGCGGAUGAAGCCGAGGAACUGAAGUUCAAGAUUACGGAUGGUGUAGAUGUAGCAGAGGAUGGCAUGAUCUAUUUCACAGACGCUUCCCACAAGUAUAGCCUGCACGAAUUCGCCCGGGACAUUUUGGAGGGCAGGCCCUAUGGUCGACUUCUAAGCUUUGAUCCUGCUUCCAGACGAACCAAAGUGCUGCUCAGGGACCUCUACUUUCCUAAUGGAAUUGCGGUGUCAUCUGAUCAAGAUUCUGUAGUCUUCUGUGAAACCUCGAUGAGGAGGUGCAGAAAGUAUUACAUCCAGGGCAAGAAAAAGGGACGUGUGGAAAAAUUUAUUGAUAAUUUACCGGGGAUGCCUGAUAACGUUAGAUAUGAUGGAGAAGGCCAUUACUGGAUUGCAUUGGCCACGGAAAAUACAAUUUUCUGGGAUUUAGCAUUCAGAUAUCCUUUGGUCCGGAAGGCAGCGUUAAUCAUGGAGAGGUUGGUUGGGCGAGUUAGUACGGGGAAAAAUGGUGGGGCGUUGGCCGUUGAUUUGGAAGGAAAACCAGUUGCUCAUUAUCAAGAUGUUGAAUUAAACAUGGUUUCAACUGGGAUUAAGAUAAAAAAUCAUCUCUACUGUGGUUCCUUCGUCAGGCCCUACAUCAUCCGCCUCGAUCUGGACCAACACCUGGCGCAAGCCAAGUCCUGACCAUGAAGCAACAAGGGUCGUUCUAAUUGUACUUUUCCUGCAGCAAAAUGCAACUAGAUACAGUGUAAGGGCCCCGAGGGGUGUUCUCUUUUUCUGUCUCAAGUCUCUGUUCUGUAUAAUAAAUGCAUCACGUGACUGCAAUAAUCCAAAACCUGCAACGUGAGUGAAAGAAUCAGGGUUCAGAGAGGAAUUGUAUGGAAACUUUCCAAGAAUAUCAAGUUGCAAUUGUUAAACUUUUUUAUUA